AUGGCAUUCAAAAGCAAACAACUUCCUGAAGAAUACUAUGAAUCAAAUGUGUUUCAUUUCUUUUCAUGCCCGACUCAUGUUCUGGAUGGCGAGACCUUUCCUGCUCACCGGGCUGUGCUUGCAGCUCGCUCCCAGGUCUUCAAAGCAGAGCUCUUUGGCUCAAUGGCAGAUGCCACAAUGUCAACUGUCACGGUGCAAGACAUUGAGCCUGCGGCAUUUAAAGUUAUGCUCCGGUUCAUGUACACCGAUUCCUUUCCUGCAGACAAAGAGCUUGGGAACUCUCCCACUGAUAUGCUGCAGCAUUUACUUGCUGCAGCUGACCGGUACGCCCUGGACCGGCUGAAGCUCAUUUGUUCUUGGAAAUUGAUUGGACAUAUCUCGGUCGAUACAGUUGGUUCUAUUCUAGUUUUAGCUGAGACAUACAACUGUCCAGAGUUGAAGAACAAAUGCUUGGAUUUCUUUGGUGUGGAGAAAAAUUUCAAGGAGGCAGCAUUUUCAGAUGGUUUUGCUAUCCUGCUGCAGAAAUUUCCAUCCCUUGCUGCUGAGCUGAGGAGGAGGGUUACUGGGCAAUCUUAA